AUGACCAAGAAAGCAAAAGCACAGGACUUCCUCCUCAAGACUCCUAAAGGUACCAAGGAUUGGGCCGACAAGGACAUGGUUAUCAGAGAAUCCAUCUUUGGUAAAUUAUCUACAAUUUUCAAAAAGCAUGGUGGGGUGACUAUUGACACUCCUGUGUUUGAAUUGAGGGAGAUCUUGACUGGAAAGUAUGGUGAGGAUUCGAAAUUAAUCUACAAUUUGGAGGACCAAGGUGGUGAGUUGACCUCUUUGAGGUACGACUUGACUGUACCUUUUGCGAGAUUUGUUGCUUGCAACAACUUGAGCAGUAUCAAGAGAUACCACAUUGCAAAGGUUUACAGAAGAGAUCAGCCAGCCAUGACCAAAGGUAGGAUGAGAGAGUUUUACCAGUGCGACUUUGACAUUGCUGGUACCUAUGAUCUCAUGGUUCCAGAUGCGGAGAUUUUAAACAUCCUUUGCGAAGGGUUGAACGAGUUGAACAUCAAGGAUUAUAAAGUUAAAUUAAACCAUCGUAAGAUAUUGGAUGGUAUUUUUGAAGAAUGCGGGGUUCCCGAAGAAGACAUUCGUAAGGUAUCAUCAGCCAUCGACAAGUUGGACAAGUCUCCUUGGGAAGCAGUCAAGAAGGAGAUUUUAGAAAAGGGGCAAAGCGAGGACGUUGCCGAUAAGAUUUGGCAAUACGUGCAACACAAUGGGCCAAUACGUGAAGUUAUCCCGAUCCUCAAAAAUAUCAAUAAUGCCACCGCCAAACAAGGAAUUCAAGAGAUGGAGAUCUUGGCCGACUAUGUCGAAGCUUUCAACAUUCAGGAUCAUUUAACAUUUGAUUUGUCGUUGGCUAGAGGUUUGGAUUACUACACGGGUCUUAUUUACGAAGCUGUCACUGCUGCCAGUGCACCACCAAAGAAUGCUAGUGAGUUGAAAAACGAAGCCAAGGGAAAAGGAGAAGAUGAAGAUGCGUCAGCUUAUGUCGGUGUUGGGUCAAUUGCUGCAGGCGGUCGUUACGACAACUUGGUUGGUAUGUUUUCAAACAACAAGUCCAUCCCUUGUGUUGGUAUUUCUUUUGGUGUCGAGAGAUUAUUUUCCAUCAUCAAGCAAAGAACAGACUUGUCCAAGCUUAGUUCGCAACACACUGACGUCUAUGUUAUGGCAUUCGGCGGUGGCGAAGGGUGGAAUGGAUUCUUGAAGGAGAGAAUGCAAGUUACCAAUCAAUUGUGGAAGGCUGGUAUUAAUGCCGAGUUUACAUACAAAGCCAAAGCCAACACUCGUAAGCAAUUUGACGGUGCGGAAAAGUCUGGCGCCAAACUCGCCGUUAUAUUAGGUAAAGAAGAGUAUCCAGAAGGGAAAGUCAGAGUAAAGAGAUUGGGCCAAGGUGAAGAGAAUGAAGGUGACGUCGUGCCAGUUGAUGAAAUGGUAUCUUUUGUCAAAUCACAACUACAAGUUGACGGAAUUACAGAAUCUCUUGGUAAUUUGUAA